AUGAAGGAAGAAGACGAAGAUAAAACCGCUUUCCGCACAGAUAAAGGCAUCUUCUGCUACACUAAAAUGCCCUUUGGCCUGCGCAAUGCUGGCGCAACUUAUCAACGAUUAAUGGACACAGUUUUCAACAGCGACAUCGGCAAGACAGUUGAAGUGUACAUGGAUGACCUCAUCAUCAUGAGCCAUGAGGAAGACUUAAUGCUCAACAAUAUUCAGCGUACAUUCGACUCUCUGCGCAGCGUAAACUUAAAACUCAACCCAACUAAAUGCUCAUUCGGCAUGGAAGAAGGAAAAUUUAUGGGCUUCAUAGUCACAAGGGAUGGCUUUAAAGUAAACCCAGAAAAAGUACAGGCUAUCCAGCAAAUGCCCUCACCCGCAACAAUAAAAGAAAUGCAAAGACUCGCCGGACGCUUAGCAGCCUUGAACAGAUUCUUGGCUAAUCAUGCGGCUAAAUCUUAUCCAUUUAUCAGUACGCUGCGAAACUGCGGGAAGAAAACCCCCUUUCAAUGGACACCUGAAGCAGAAGCAGCAUUCAAACAAAUAAUGUUUAAUUCAGUUACCAACGCUGACUGCGCCAAAAGAAAAAGAGCCACUAAUCUUAUACCUAUCAGCCGCGGAAGUAGCGGUAGGUGCAGUAUUAAUGGUGGAACGAGAAAACGUUCAGACUCCAAUUUACUAUAUCAGCAAAAUGCUCACCGGCCCAGAAACUCGUUACUCAAUGAUAGAAAAAUUGGUUCUAGCACUAGUGCACGCAUCCCGACGCUUGCGCAGGCAUUUCUCAGGCCACGUCAUCACGGUUCUCACAAAUUAUCAUUUAGGCCAAAUCUUGUCAAAACCCGAUGUGGGGGAAGAUUGGCUAAAUGGGCCAUAGAGCUGGGAGGAUACAAUAUCUUUUACAAGCCAAGACCAGCAAUCAAAGGGCAAGUUCUAGCAGACUUCGCUACUGAAGUGCCCAUCGAUAAAGUACAAGAAUGCAAGGCAAUCCAGAACCCUACACCUGUUUUCGAUGACAGAGUCUGGACCUUGCACACAGAUGGCGCUUCCAAUGAUGACGGAGCAGGAGCAGGCCUCCGAUUGGUCAGUCCGGACAAUCACGAGCUCACAUAUGCCAUACGCUUAGACUUGCAAAGUACCAACAAUGAAGCAGAAUACGAAGCAUUUUUAGCAGGCCUUCGUCUAGCGCUCAAAAUGGGGGCAAGAAACCUUGAGGCCAACGUUGAUUCAAAACUAGUAGCCGAGCAAGUUAACGGUCACUAUGAUGCAAAAGGAGAAGCUAUGGCAUUAUACCUUGAACAAGCACGGAUGUUAAUCAGCCAAUUCUAG